AUGGGGGGCGGCGGCGGCGGGGAGAAGAAAGGAAACGCGAAUGCCCCUCUGAAGGCGCUGAACCACGUGUCGCGUGUGUGCCGGUCGGUGGAGAAAUCGGUGGAGUUCUACACCAAGAUCUUGGGCUUCGUGGAGGUGGAGCGGCCGGAGUCGUUUGACUUCGACGGCGCGUGGCUCUUCAACUACGGCGUGGGUGUGCACUUGGUCAAGUGCAGGGAUGACGAUGAUGAGGCGGAGAAGCUGCCCGGGGACGCCAAUCGCCCUUUGGACCCCAUGGAUAACCAUAUUUCCUUCCAGUGUGAGAAGAUGGAGGAGAUGGAAGAGAAGCUAAAGGAGGGGGGCGUGAAGUACAUGAAGAGGACGAUCGGGGAAGAGGAAGGUGCCCCCGUCGACCAGUUGUUUUUGAACGACCCUGAUGGAUUCAUGAUCGAGAUUUGUAACUGUGAGAAUCUCAAGCUCCAAUCUUCCCGACCGAUUAAGCUUCCUUCUGAUAAGCACAAUCCCCCGAUUGAGCUCACCGAGACUGAUGAGUAA